AUGGAGAAUAAGAACAAUGUGACAGCAUUUGUUCUUCUGGGGCUCACAGAAAAUCUGAAGAUGCAGAAAGUCAUAUUUGCUGUGUUCUUAGUCAUCUACAUCACCACUGUGGUAGGAAAUGUGCUCAUUGUGGUCACCAUCACCACCAGCCCAUUGUUGGAAUCCCCUAUGUACUUUUUCCUGGCUUGUCUCUCCUUUAUUGACGCUUGCUAUUCCUCUGUCAGUACCCCUAAACUGAUUGUAGAUUCACUCCAUGAGAGGAAGACCAUCCCAUUAAGUGGAUGUAUGACCCAAAUCUUUGGAGAACAUUUAUUUGGAGGUGCUGAGAUCAUCCUUCUUACUGUGAUGGCUUAUGACCGCUAUGUCGCCAUCUGUAAGCCCUUACACUACACAACCAUCAUGAACCGGAGAGUGUGUGCCCUGCUAAUGGGAGUUUCAUGGGUGGGAGGUUUUCUUCAUGCGACCAUACAGAUUCUUUUCAUGUUUAGAUUACCCUUCUGUGGUCCUAACAUCAUAGACCACUUUAUGUGUGAUCUGAACCCUUUGCUCAAACUUGCCUGCACAGAUACACAUAUUCUAGGGCUCUUUGUUGCUGUCAACAGUGGAUUCAUGUGUCUGUUAAACUUUCUCCUCUUGCUGAUUUCCUAUGUGGUCAUCCUGUGCUCCCUAAGGACUCACAGCUUGGAGGGAAGGCACAAAGCCCUCUCAACUUGUGUUUCCCAUAUCACGGUGGUUGUCUUAUUCUUUGUGCCCUGUAUAUUUGAAUACAUGAGGCCAACGGUCACUUUAUCUGUCGAUAAGGCAAUUGCUGUAUUCUAUAUUAUCAUAACUCCUAUGUUAAAUCCUUUAAUCUAUACCUUGAGAAAUGUCCAGAUGAAAAAUGCCAUCAUGACAUUAUGCAGUAAGAAGCCUAGUUCAGGUAAUAAAUGA